GAGGCAAGGUCAUACGUCACAAGACAGUCACGCGUUUUCGACUCUCUUCUCUCCUCAGUACGCUACCAGUGAGAGCUACGUUUCUCAAACUUCUCUACUAGUAUGCUAUCGUCGAUCCUACUUUUUGUGCUGGGAUCACUCGCCGUUUUCUACCCGAUCGACGCAAAAUGGCGAUUCGCGCCUUACGUCGAGAGAGAAGACGUUCUAUGGAGGCAACACGAUCCUGGUGAUGUCAAUGAAUAUCGAAUUCCCAUUAUUGGACCAACCGCAGACGGACACCUUGUGGCUAUCAGCGAAGCUCGUAAACUUGGAGGUGGAGACUCUGGAAAUAAAUUUCUUACCAUGCUUCGUUCUCAUGAUGGUAUUCAGUGGUCAUCAGCCACAAAGUUUAUAUUCAGUGAUUUGUCGGAUGUGACGGAUGGUAUGAACUUGGGCGAGAUGUUGACUGAUAUGGAAACCGGCAGCAUGUUUAUCAUAUAUUCUCAUUGUUCACACGCUUGUAAUGUGUCCACGACGUACAUCAUUCGUAGUGAUGAUAAUGGAUUGUCUUGGAAGAAUGCUGUUAACGUAACAAAUAUUAUUUGUAAUGUGACAAAGACGUUUGAUCCUGGGCCAGGCCUCGGUCUACAGUUGAAGCAACAUCCUCGUCACAAAGGACGAUUGAUAUUUUGUGGCCAUGGUGGCCUCCGUUCAGAAAUAGUCGCGUGUAUUUACAGCGACGAUCAUGGUGAGACAUGGAAGGGUGGCAUGGCCCUGCCGGGAAUUCCGUUUCAUAGUGAUGAAGGUCGAGGAUUGUUUGAGCCUAAUGAACUGCAGAUGGUUGAGCUGAAAGACGGACGUGUCCUUUUCACUAUCCGUAAUGAAAAGGACUACAACGAUGCUGGACCCAUUUUUGCUUCGAGUGAUGAUGGCUGUGAGACAAUUUCUAUGAUGUCGAUAAGAUUCCCACAAGGUCUACCAGAUCCAGUUUGUGCAGCAGGCAUGUUGUAUCAUGAGGAACACGAUGGUCUUUUACUCCACUCAAACGCAUACAAUGCACGUCACCGAAUCAACAUGACGGUGUCUUGGAGCUAUGAUGAAGGACAAACAUGGAACAACAGCGAUCAUCUGCAAGUGUGGCCUGGACCGUCGGCGUACUCCUGUCUCACAGCCAUUCCUGGGAAACCGAACUAUGUAGGUUUAUUGUACGAGAACGGCAUUUACUUUGAGUGUGAAAGGAUGACAUAUGCGUUGAUCAACCUCCAACCGACGUGGGAAGAGGACUAGGUGUGUGUGUGUGUGUGUGUGUGUGUGUGUGUGUGUGUGUGUGUGUGUGUGUGUGUGUGUGUGGGCGCACAUGUGACAAUGUGGAUUUUAUGUUGACAUGGAUUUACUAUUGAAUUGGACCGAACGUUUUAUCUGUUGUAAUACUUCGUUUCUAUUGUGUAAUAAACAUUUGCCGUAUUUCUAAGUUGUUA